UCUAGUUUUUCUCGCCGUGGCAGAUGAGCUGCAUAGCAUCCCGCCAAGACGAAGGACCAUGAGACGAAAUAGUACUGGUUCUAGCGGUCUCACAAACAGAUUCAGAGGUUCGUUUUCGGGUUUCUCUUUUCGUUGGGGCUCAUCAAGGAACAGUAACGGAGCAGGACCAUCGACAAGGAGGUCCAGCCGUAGCAUGUCUCCGGAUCUCCAAGUACUGGAUUCGCCACCGCCUGUGUUCCGCCAACGCCAAUCGCAGCCUUACCAAACACAGUCUUUCAGAGUGCCCCUUUCGAAAGUUUAUGGCAGCACGACUUUUGCCUCGAAAUACGAGAAAGUGGUGAACAAAUUCCGAGAGAUCUCCACGAGCGAAGGGGAACAAAUUAUAACGGCGGAUGACCUGACAGAAAAAAAGACGGCCCUCCUCCAGAGAGUAAACACAGACCUCUGCAACGACGCAGUAAAUCGAAGGCGUGCAGGAAAUAAUUGCGUAUUGGCUUUCAUGGAGUUCAUGAAAAUCGCGAAGCCAUGGCGUGGUCCAUGCAAGGAGGCGUUUAUGGGUUGGUGCCAGCCAUAUGGUCCUCCUGAUGCCCCCGUGUGGAAAUGCUCUUUCUUCAUAAAAACCUCCGAGUCAUCGGAUGGUCUUACGGUCGCCGGGUAUUCGCACACGAUGGAGGAUUGCGUCGGGAGGCUUUCCCCGGAACAAUUUCAGGAGGACCUGAACAAAGCGCUUUCUUAAUACACGUGUAUUAGCCGCCUGUCGCAUGCCAUGUCCAGAGAUGAAAAAUACAAUUUCGUUUUGCUGA